AUGGAUUCCUCCUCGCCGUCUGUCGACGGCCUCCCCGGCAAUCGCAUCAUUGCCUACCUCGAAACUCUGGCCAAAACCAAAACCGAACUACCCUACGGACUCCCCGUGAGUGUGAUGCCCUCGCACACCAUCACCACCACCGACGCCCUCCUCCACCUCGCCGCCUCCGUCCACGCAGACAUCAUCGACGACUGGUCCGAGGAGACGGUGCGCCAAUUGGUCUCGCUGGCCCGCAAACACGGCUUUUUGAUCUGGGAGAGUGGUCGCGUCCUCAAUUCCACCAUUGAUGUUGUGGGUCGGCAGAAGGCCGAGGCGAGAGAGCUGCGGAACGGCGUGGUGGAUUUGAUCCGGAAGAAGUACACCAAGGGCGUGGUGAAGCCCGCCGCGUGGGCGGGUUUAUCAACCGCCUGGGCCUCGGGCGCCGCCGUCUACAACCAGGAAGCCGACAUUCUGAUCCCCACCUUGAAGGCGGCCGCUCGCGAGGCCGUCGCGGACACGGCGCAGACCAUCCGGACCGAAAUCACCGCGGAAAAUCUGGCGAGUGACUACUAUGCUGGCGGCGACCAGGACGCCCAGUCCCAACAUCUGUCCGAGUACGCCGUCGACCACUCCGGCCUGGGACCUCCCCGCAAAGCCUCCACGAUCUCUCUGACUCAGACCAUCUCACAACACACGGAAGAUUCAACCGACUACCCUCUGGAAUCGCCGCAGUACGAGCGGCAUGGGUUUGAGUUCGGCACGUUGAGCCCAUCCGCCAUCCCCGAGGAUCUCCCUCCGCCCCCUCUGCUGGCCCGCGGCCUGGUCCUCUGCCUGCCCUCCAUGGCCGACACUGCUUUCACGCCCGCCUACCGGCAAAGUUGCAUCGCAGCUGCCCGCGCCAACCAAGAUUUCGUGGUGGGUUUCUUGUCCGGGGAGCCGUGGCACCUGGUCUCUCAAAAAAGCGAUCUGUUCGAGAUGGGCCCGCUUGCAUACGAGGAAGAACAGCAGCAACUGAGCCCGUACUCGUCGGACGAUGACGAAGCCUUACCACGCUUUGCCAUGUUCUCCGCUGUCUCUCUUCGACUUGCGGAAAUGAACAGCCAGUCUGCGAAUGAGGACGAGGACGUCGAAGACGAUGAGAUGGCCGGCUCCGCCUCGCCCGAGACGUCGUUACCCGUUGAUUCCCUGAACCCACUGGCCGCGAAGCUCUUCGAUGUGGCCGGCAAGGCCCUCAAGCUCCGUGAAUCCUCCCGCCUGGAAGGAGGGAAGUCCGGGAACAAGAACAGCCAGAUCCUCCAUAUCCCGCUGGUGAGCCUGCCUUAG